UCCGACACAACUUUUUGGAGAUACUGGAGGUAAACAUGGAAGAAAAGUACCGAAAAGACUUUAGUUGAACGUUUGUGGUUAACUUCGAUGUAUUAUUUUACCGACGAAGAAGAAGUGUCACUAGAAAUGGCUUCAGCACCAAGUAAGGACCUCUCCUGCCCGGUAUGCUGCGACAUCUUUAAAGAUCCUGUCCUCCUCCCUUGUGGCCACAGCUUCUGUAGUACCUGUGUGCAGACAUGGUGGGCAACAAAACGCCGACGGGAAUGUCCCGUUUGUAAGGCUGUGUGUUUCCCGAAGAAACCACCUCCCAACCGGGCGUUGAAGAGCCUGUGUGAGGCUUAUACACUGGAGAUGGACUCUGGGGUUUUCUGCCGCAGCCACGGGGAGAGGCUCAAGCUCUACUGCCAGGACCACCAGACCCCCAUCUGCGUGGUCUGCAGAGACUCAAGAGACCACACGGGCCACACAUUUAUUCCCGUUGACGAAGCUGCAGAGUUUCACCGAAAUGCUAUCCGGCAGAACUCGGAGCCCUUACGUGAGAAAGUGAAACUGUUCAAUGAAAUGAGAGCUAACUGGGAAAAAACAGAUGUAGAAAUUGAGAAGCAAGCUCAGGAAACAGAGAAGAAGAUAAGAGAGGACUUCAAGGUGCUCCAGGAGUUUUUGCAAACCGAGGAAAAGUCGUGGAUCGCAGCACUGGAGGAAGAAGAGAGGAUUAAAAGGAAGACGAUAAAGGACAAGCUAUCCAUGUUGACAUACCUGGAAAGUACCAUGAACACCAUAGAGGCAGGGCUGAGACAAGAUGACACCACGUUCAUGUUAAAGGUCAGUGAUUUGGCGAGAGCAUCGCAGCGUCCCCUGCCGAGAGACCCGGUGCUGGAAACAGGAGCCCGGAUCGAGGUUUCUAAAUACCUGUCGAAUUUGAAAUUCAGAGUCUGGUCCAGGAUGAAGAGCAAAGUGUCAUACACCCCUGUGACCCUGAACCCCAACACUUCCCACUCGGAGCUCCACCUGUCUGAAGAUCUAACCAGUGUGAAAUUUGGCCCGGAUCAGAGUCUGGCUCCAAUCCCAGAGAGGAUGAUGCAGCACCGCAGUGUCCUGAGCUACCAGAGCUUCACAUCAGGGCAGCACUGGUGGGAUGUGGAGGUUGGAGACAAUCCCAUAUGGGCACUGGGUGUGAUGGCAGUGGAUGCACAGAAGAUUGGAGACCUAGUGUCUGGGUUAUGGCUGGUGAGGUUUUGUAAUAGUAAAUUCACAGCAUACUCCCCGUCAUGCCCAGGGUCUGUUCUCCCACGAAAGGAAAGGCUCCAGAGAGUCAGAUUGCACCUGGACUGGGACAGAGGAAAGCUGUCAUUCUUUGAUGCAGACACAAGAACAGUCGUACAUACCUUCACACACAGAUUCACCAGCAUGCUGUUUCCAUACAUCAACACCUGGAGUGACAUCCCGCUGAAGAUAUUGCCCUCUGACCUCACCGUCAUGACCAAAUCAAAACAGUAUGGUGUUGUACAGCUUUGAUAUUCACUUGUUUUUAUCCCUGUGGAGUCAUCAUUGCAGCAACUUAAAGUAAUUGGACAUGGCAUAGGAAAAUAAAUGAAAACCUUGCUGCAUAUACAUCCUGAACUAGGGUUGUCUAGAUACUAACAUUUUCAACUCGAUACCGAUACUCAGGAAAAUAUUUGAUACUCGAUACCAUUUUCAGGAUUCAGGAUUUUUCAGGAUAAAAACAAAGACCCCAAAAUUUAACAGAAAUAUUUGUAUUAACAAGAAAAAUGCAACAUGUAAAAAUUAACAGAACCACAGGUUAAAUAUUUAUAAUAAAAAACAGUUAUGCAAAAAGAAACUGCAACUAUGAUAACAAGCUUCAGGUCUGAGGUAGUGCAAAAAAUAAAUAAAAUAACAAUUAUAACAAUAACAAUUAUAACAAUAUUAUAUUACAACGUUUUAGUAUCGAUACUUUUUGGAGUAUCGAUACUUUUGACAACCCUAUCCUGAACACAGCAGGUAUAUGUAUGCGAUUUGUAAAUAAAUGUAAGCCAAUUCUUAUAAGCAGAAUUGGGAUCAUUAAAUAAUUUUCAUUGUAUAUUCAGAUGUGCAAUGUGAAAUGCACC